AGCAUCAGUAGCAGCAGCAGCAGUAGCAGCAGCAACAGUAGCAACAACAGCAGUAGCAGCAGUAACAACAGUAGUAGCAGUAGCAGCAGUAGCAGGAGUAACAGCAGUAGCAGCAGUAGAAGGAGUAGCAGCAGUAGCAGUAGUAGCAGAAGUAGCUGCAGUAGUAGUAGUAGUAGUAGCAGUAGUAGUAGUAGUAGCAGUAGUAGUAGUAGUAGUAGCAGCAGCAGUAGCAGCAGCAGCAGAAGUAGUAGCGGUAGCAGCUGUAGCAGCAGCAGCAGCAGUAGCAGCAGUAGCAGCAGCAGCAGCAGUAGCAACAGCAGCAGUAGCAGCAGUAGUAGCAGUAGCAGCAGUAGCAGCAGUAGUAGUAAUAGUAGUAGUAGCAGUAGUAGUAGAAGUAGUAGUAGUAGUAGCAGUAGUAGUAGUAGCAGUAGUAGUAGUAGCAGUAGUAGCAGUAGUAGUAGUAGUAGUAGUAGUAGUAGUAGUAGUAGUAGUAGUAGUAGUAGUAGUAGAAGUAGUAGUAGUAGUAGUAGUAGUAGUAGUAGUAGUAGUAGUAGUAGUAGAAGUAGUAGUAGUAGUAGUAGUAGUAACAGUAGUAGUAGUAGCAGUAGUAGCAGCAGCAGCAGCAGCAGCAGUAGCAGCAGCAGCAGCAGUAGCGGCAGCAGGAGUAGCAGCAGCAGCAGUAGCAGCAGCAGCAGUAGCAGCAGCAUCAGAAGCGGCAGUAGCAGC